AUGUGGCAGGAUAACCGAGCGUUGGGCGGAGUUCCGGUCACUUGGGAGAUGUUUAAGACAGCCUUCCUACAGAGAUUCUUCCCCAGGGAGAUGAGGGAGGCCAAGGUUGAGGAAUUUAUCAAUCUUAAGCAGGGAUCUAUGACAGUUAGGGAGUAUUCCCUGAAAUUUGUUAAACUGUCCAGGUAUGCCACUUCCCUUGUGUCUAACAACAUAGAUGAGAUGAGCAGGUUCCUCACAGGAAUCACCAGAGAUGUAGAGGAGGAGUUUUGGGCUGCGAUGCUCCACCAUAACAUGGACCUCUCUAAUUUUAUGGUGCAUGUAGAGCAGCUCAAAUUCAAAAAGGGGCAUCAGAGUUCGGGGAACUCUAACUUUCAGAGGAGUGCAACAUCUAGAGGAGGCAGACCCGAGCCCAAGAAGGGUAAUGAACGUGGUAUGCAGCGUCCUAGAAAGGAAUGUGCCAAGUGUGGUCGUGCUCACAGUAGAGAGUGCAGAAAGUGCACUAAUGCCUGCUUCGAUUGA